AUGCGAGCCCAGGGUAGCGGUACCAUCGCUAAUCUGGGCUCGAUUGGCGGCUGGCACGGCUCGGCGUCGAUGGGCGUAUACUGCGCCACCAAGGCUGCAAUCGCCAUGCACACGGAAGCUCUCAAGGGCGAGCUCGCACCCUUUGGUAUCGACGUCACUUGUAUCGAGCCGGGAUACUUCCGCACCAGCUUCCUCACAAGCGGGAACAGGACCGUUGCUCAGAACAGGAUCCCCGAGCUGUCCUCGACCACGGACCAGGCAAAGGGCCUGCUGGACGCGUACAACAAGAAACAGCCCGGUGAUCCCGUCAAGGGUGCAGCUCUCAUUGUCCAGGCCUUGACCAAGUCGGGGGUAUGCGAGGGGCGGGAGCUGCCGAUGAGGUUGCCGCUGGGCAAGGAUGCCAUCCGCUUCAUCAACGAGGACUUGAGGAGGAACAAACAGGUUCUGGACGACUGGGAGGGCACCGUCUCCUCUACAAACUGCGAUGAUGUCGAGUAG